AAAAGAACAAAAGGAGCAGGAAAAGAGGCAAGGGAGGAGGCGUAUUACAAAGGCUCAGGAAGCACAGGAUUCUCAGCAUAAGAAGCCUGAAAAAGCUAGACACUAAUCAAGUAAACAACACUUCCCCGCCUACUUCUAGAGCGAUUUGUCGAAGACGCGCGCUUGCUGCUGCUGCUGCUGCUGCUGCUGCGUGGCUGUUGAUCCACUGAUCAUGAAGGAAUCGGGAGAGGAAAGAAAACCCAGGAGCAAAUCGCUGCUUCUUCCCGUUCGUUCCUGCUCUGGAGUCUGGAGCUCUGGACUGGGGGAUCAGGUUACCAAUUGCUGCCCCUAUGAAGUGGAAAUUGAACUGAUAGUGGAAUUGAAGUUUCAGUUCAGGAUUUGGGGGUGAAUUUGUGUGAGGAAAAAGGGGAAGAAAACACUGCAAUUACAAAAGGAAAGGAGAAUAUUCAUUUAUCUUGCUUAUUCUUUGCUUCCUAUUUUUUGCCAUGAAGAGAAAACAGAAAAGAUUUCUGCAAAUGACACUGCUAUUCCUGGUGACUCUAAUAUUCCUGCCAAAUAUUGGACUCUGGUCUCUUUAUAGGGAAAAACAUUUUAUGAAAUCCACAGUGCUGGGAGAGCAGCAGACUUUGCCAAUGAGGUUGGGAGAUGGACAAUUAUAUACCUGGACAGAUGGUUUGAAAAGAAAGGACUGGCAUGACUAUGAACGUAUUCAAAAAGAUGCCGUACGUUUAGGGAAAGGUGAACAAGGAAAGCCAUAUCCUGUCACAGAGGAAGACAGUGAUGAUUCUGCUUAUCGUGAGAAUGGUUUCAAUAUUUUUGUAAGCAACAAUAUUGCUUUGGAACGAUCACUGCCAGACAUCCGACAUCCUAACUGUAAGGACAAGGUAUACUUGGAGAAGCUCCCAAACACUAGUAUAAUUAUCCCAUUUCAUAAUGAAGGUUGGACUUCACUUUUGCGGACUAUACACAGCAUUAUCAACAGGACGCCAAAUAGCUUGAUAGCAGAAAUUAUUCUUGUGGAUGACUUCAGUGAUAGAGAACAUUUAAAAGAGAAACUGGAGGAAUAUAUGGCUCAUAUUGACAAAGUGAGAAUUGUGCGUACCAAGAAGCGGGAAGGACUUAUUCGCACCAGAUUACUUGGAGCUUCAAUAGCUAAAGGAGAAGUAUUGACUUUUCUAGAUUCACACUGUGAAGUUAAUGUGAACUGGCUACCUCCUUUACUAAACCAGAUUGCACUGAACCAUAAAACUAUUGUAUGUCCCAUGAUUGAUGUCAUUGACCACAAUCACUUUGGGUAUGAGGCCCAAGCAGGGGAUGCCAUGCGUGGAGCCUUUGACUGGGAAAUGUAUUACAAAAGAAUCCCAAUUCCACUGGAGCUCCAGAGGACUGAUCCCAGUGACCCUUUUGAAUCUCCUGUUAUGGCUGGAGGCCUCUUUGCUAUUAACAGAAAGUGGUUUUGGGAUCUUGGUGGCUAUGAUCCUGGAUUAGAAAUCUGGGGAGGAGAACAGUAUGAAAUAUCAUUCAAGGUCUGGAUGUGUGGAGGUGGCAUGUUUGACGUUCCGUGUUCUAGAGUUGGGCACAUCUAUAGGAAAUAUGUUCCCUAUAAAGUCCCAUCUGGUACCAGUUUAGCAAGGAACCUGAAACGUGUGGCAGAAACUUGGAUGGAUGAGUUUGCUGAAUAUGUUUAUCAGAGACGACCUGAAUAUAGACAUCUUUCCACUGGUGAUAUUUCAGUCCAGAAAGAGCUUCGCAAGCAUCUCAAGUGCAAGGAUUUCAAGUGGUUCAUGGCUGCAGUGGCCUGGGAUGUCCCUAAAUAUUUUCCACCAGUGGAGCCACCACCUGCUUCUUGGGGAGAGAUUCGAAAUGUGGCAGCUAAUCUCUGUAUGGACAGUAAGCAUGGUGGAACAGGCACUGAACUCAGACUAGAUAUAUGUGUGAAGGAUGGAUCUGAACGGACAUGGUCACAUGAGCAGCUGUUCACCUUUGGUUGGAGAGAAGACAUCCGUCCAGGCGAACCUCUUCACACCCGAAAAUUCUGCUUCGACGCAAUUUCACACAGUAGUCCUGUCACACUUUAUGACUGUCAUGGUAUGAAAGGCAACCAGCAUUGGAGCUAUAGGAAGGACAAAACUUUAUUCCAUACUGUGAGUGGCAGCUGCAUUGAUUGCAAUCCAGCAGAAAAGAAGAUUUUCAUGAAUAGAUGUGAUCCUUUAUCUGAAACUCAACAGUGGAUUUUUGAGCAUAUUAAUAUGACUGUUAUAGAAAAAAUUAUUAGCAAAGAAACCAGCUCUUAA